AUGAGCAUUCCUUUUGUCGAAAAAUAUAGACCAAAGUCCUUUGAUGAGGUCGAAGGAAAUCAAGAAGUCAUUGCUUGUUUAAAAGCUAUACAAGAAUCUAGAGUUAUCCCCAACAUGUUAUUUUAUGGUCCACCUGGUACCGGUAAAACGACAUCAAUAAGAAUUAUUUCAAAUUCUUUUCCUAACACAAGUGUUCUUGAACUUAACGCAAGUGAUGAAAGAGGUAUUUCUGUUGUAAGAGAGACUAUCAAAGAAUUUGCCUCUACGUAUAGUAAUACUAUUAAGCUUGUAGUAUUAGAUGAAGUAGAUUUUAUGACGAGAGAUGCACAGAAUGCUCUUAGAAGAAUUAUGGAGGAUUUUAGUUCUACCACUAGAUUUUGUUUGAUAGCCAAUUAUCCUAAAAAAAUUAUCACACCAAUUACUAGUCGAUGUUCUAAAUUUAGAUUUAAUCCAGUAAAAAUUUUUAGAAAAAGCGUUUUAGAAAUUUGUAAAAAAGAAAAUAUAGAAGUAGAGUACACGGGAAUAGAUUUUUUAAUGAAGACGAGCUAUGGCGACAUGCGCAGGGUUGUUAAUGAUAUACAAGCUAUUGGUAAAUCAUUCGGUAUUAUAAAUCAAGAGACUGUUCUUAAGUUUAAUUCCAUGUUAAGUACUGAAGAAUUUAAAGAAAUUUUUGACUGGUUUCUUUGUAAAUCUUAUGAUGCAUUAUUAAGAGAUCUAGAAAGCAUUAAAGAAACCAAAUCUUUAGACCUAGCAAAUUUGUUGUUAUUGUUAACUGAUCACGUUGUUCAAUCUUCUUUAGAAAAUAAAAUGGAGAUAUUAAAAAAAAUGAGCGAUAUAGAAUGCCGUCUUAAUCUUGGAUGUAGUGAAAAACUGCAGCUUAAAGGACUAGUAAGCAUAUUUAUCUUGCUAAGAAAUAAGCAAAAAUGCAAAUAA